AUGGCGCUCAAGAAGAGUAAAGAGACGGCCGAGUACUCGGACCAGUUCAUCCCCCUCUUCGACACCUCGCCAGCCGCACCACCAACCUUCAUCGAUCUCUCUCGACCCACCCUCCCCACCCUCUACGACACUCUAUGCAGCGACUUCUUCAAUCACACCCGCUGCCCUACAGAUUUCGCGAUCCAACGCAUCCAGAUUCUGAGCAACACCGUCACCUGGAACCGAUACCAGAUCGAAAAGCGUCUUCGCCGACGACGCGAAUACGAAAAACAGCUGGCCUUCUGCGCCGCCAUCGACAAUAUGAUGAUAAACGGCGGCGCCGUCACCUGCACCAGUGCCAGUGCCUUUGCCAGUACCGGUGCCAUCCCGGCUAGCGACAUCUUGAGCACUACCCUACCAUCGCACUCCAUGGAGGCCAAACUGUUGUUCAAGGAUGAGUUACUCUUCCACGGAACACGCAAAGCCAACCUCCCCUCGAUCUUGACCAACGGCCUCGACCCACGCCUGAGCCAUCGACGGAACUACGGUGCGGGGUGUUACUUCUCAGACUCGAUCGAAAAGUGUAUGCAGUACGUUGACCGGCAAACAGAGAUUGAGCAGGAGUAUGCUGUACUUGUCUGUGCGGUUCUAUUGGGUCGGGUUCUGGUCGAGCCUGAGGACCGAAAGGCGAGGGUGUUGAAGUCGGACAGCUUUUUCUUGCCUGACGGUUUUGAUUCUGCGGUUGAGACUGAUUUUUGGAAGGAAUGGAUCGUGUAUGACAAGGCGCAGAUCCUUCCCCUGGCUGUGAUUCACUUCAAGGCGACAAACGAUCCGGCCAGCUACUAUCGACUCUCCAAGGGUGAUCUCGGCUCUUUGAGCCUUAACCACACCAACAUCCUGGUCCCUGUCUUGUCCUUUGUCACUGCACCACCGGCAACAGCACCGUCUACUCCUGCCGACGGCGAGUAUAUCAAUCCAGACGCGUUCGACACCAAGAGUGAACAUCCACUGCUGACAGAAUGGUACAAGCCCGACCCAGAAAUGGCCCUGGUACUUGAGUCGCUCCUGAACACUCCCCCUGGCCCCUGUCGUGUCCGAAUCUUCUUCGCAGGCACACGACGCGUCCAACUCCUUCAGAAUUUUCAGUUCCCAGCAACGCCCACCGACAUGCACUGGAUCGUCUCCUGUCCAUCUCAUCUCCUCAAUGGUCCGAUCUGUCUUUCGCAGGAGACACUGGUGAUGUUGAAGAAGACGGCUGCGACCUUGAAAGAAGUUGGAGACCGACAGAAGGAGAAGCAUCGGUCUAUUGAAGAGCUUCGCAAAACUCAGGCCCAGGCGAUCAAUGCUCCACUUCAGCAGAUCCCACAUUUUGAGCUGCUGCUGGAGCGGUGGGAGUGGGACAUUUCUGAGCUGGAGAUGGCGAGAAAUACGAUCAGGGAGUCCUUUACCGAGAAAUACAACAAGCUCUACCCGCUCGGAAACUGGCACUGGGACGAUGUAAUGAUGAGUCGAUGCAACCAACUGAUACUGGCCAUGGAGGUCAAGCACGCGGAUGCGAUCAUUGCCGAUUCAGGUACUACCUGGACGCCAGAGCAGGUCGCUCUGGGACUCAUGGCUGCUGGAGAACACAGACAGCUUGCAGAGCUGGAGGCAGCCGACAGGAAGCGAAUGGCAGCCGAGGAGUUGGAUUUAGAGAGGGAAAUGGCUACCCAGGGGGCGUUUGCUGCCAAGCAAGUGAUCCAUCUUGGAUACACGUUUAAUGAGGAUUUGGAGAAUGCAUUUCUGAUGCAUAGAGCAUCCGUUGCCGAAACCCUGCAGCAGCUUCAGUGCUCCAACUCCUCUCAACCAAAGCAGCAACAGCCACAACGACAACCCCAGCCGCAGGAGCAGCAACAAGUCCUGAAGUGGGUCAACCAUGAUCUCAUCCUUCGGGAUCUCUGCUACCGACACCAGAUCGCGAUCGAGGUCACUGUGACAAACUAUGCUUACGCCCUGAAAACCUCGGCCGAUGACUUCAAGCCUCUCCUGACGGCAGCCAAGAGCACCAUCAGCAUGAUGGAUCUGCUAAGCCAUAUCAAAGACCCAUUCAUGGACAUCUUUCGGCCUCAGGCCUUGUCGUCGUCUUCGUCAUCGACUGUGUCACGAUGCCCGCACUUCCGCUGGUGGGAUAUUGUCCCCAUGGCCGUCUUUCAGACACAGAUGCCUGCUCCUCAGUUCUGGCCAGUGAAUCCUCGUACUCGAAUUCCGGCGCGCCCGUUCUGCCACUUGGUAGAUUAUAUCGAGUGGAUUUUCAACAAAGCACAUCCAACGACAAGGACGACUACUGUGUGGGAUAUGAUCGACCCAUGGAUCCAGCCAGCCAUCCGAGGAAUCUCCAGUCGGUCCGGGACCGUGGUUUUCAACCGCGAUCAGAGACAAGCCGAGAUUGAUAAACUGGGGGGCAACAUGCUCGACAGUCUCCUCCUCAAACUACCCCCAGGCACUCCUCUCCUCGCAGUCAACAACGCGUCCCACCAAUGGAGGUUUGCAACCGAGACGUGUCCGAUCUGCACGGAUCCGCUCCUCACUGUCGGCAGAAACCAGCGCCGCUCUAUGAGGUUACCCCGGGAUGCGGAUAGGAGGGUUGUGCAGCUACACAAAUGUUGUCAUUGCUUUCAUGAGGGGUGUAUCAAGACCUGGUUCUUGGGCAAGGAAACUCUCCUCAAGUGCCCUUCUUGCAACACUCCGUGCAUCAGUGUCGAUCAUCCUGUUGCCGUCGACAGUCGUCGAUCUACAAGAGCCUACUCGUCAUCGCCGCUAUCGUCGUCGGGUACUAAUAUCAGAGGAGCAAUGAAGCUGGGCCCAAUGCCGAACGCGACAAUGUCCUACACGUUCGACCCCCGCCUCUGCUGCUACUUCAUCUUCUUCUACAUCCCCGAACACACCAUCACCGUCCCCCACGAAAACGAUCCCCGGGUCACCGCGACCAUCACCAUCAAGGAAGAAUGGCGCCACGCAAUCAUCCCCUUCUCUGCAAGACUAGGCCCCCUCCUCAUGAUCCGCCUGAUCUGUGCGUUUUAUUAUGGCCAGUUCUUUCGAGUGGGCCAUUCGGUGACAAGGGAGGUUGAGAAUGUGGUGGUGUGGAAUGGGAUCCAUAUGCGGACGACCUUGAAUGGGGCUUAUGGGUUUCCUGCGCCGACGUUUGAGCGUAGUUGCUGGACGGAGGUGGAUAUGAAGGGUGUUGCCGUGGGGUUGGAGGAGAUUUUGUUGCUUGAUGCUGCAGGGGAGGGGUAUUUGCAGACUCAGCAAGGUGAAAGGGAUGAGGAUGAUGUUCGAAUGGUUGAACGACGCCGUGGUGCUAUUCUAGACAAGGUCUUUUCUCUUGCUUCUCCGCACCUGAUCGAGAUUUGCGCCUUCUCUGGAGCCAAGAUCUACCCCGGCAAGGGCAAGAUCUACGUCCGUAUCGACAACAGAUCCUUCCGUUUCGUCAACGGUAAGGCCGAGUCCCUGUUCUUGCAGCGCAAGAACCCCCGCAAGAUCUCGUGGACCGUCCUCUUCCGCCGCAUGCACAAGAAGGGUAUCUCUGAGGAGGUCGCCAAGAAGCGCACCCGCCGCACCGUCAAGCACCAGCGUGCCGUCGUCGGUGCUUCCUGGGAGGCUAUCCGCGCCAAGCGCAACCAGAAGCCCGAGGUCCGUGCCGCUGCCCGCGCCGCUGCCCUCCGUGACGGAAAGGAGAAGAAGAAGGUUACUGAUGCCACCAAGAAGUCCGAGAAGGCCAAGAGCGCCACUGCUGCUGCCCGUGGUCAGCCCAAGUUCUCCAAGCAGGCUGCCAAGGGUGCCAAGGUUGCCAUUGCCAACACCUCCCGUUAA